UGAACUAAACACUUUUUUCUGUAGAUAUUCCAAUACAUAAUGAGUAUAAGAAGAAGAAUUUAAGCUCGAAGCAUAAAUGAUAUUUAUGUCAAUUUGUCCCGUUAGCGAAUUUUAGUGAUAAAGUAAUUAGUAUUCUGAAUAGCACAUAAGAUAUGUAUUUGAAACUUAUGAAUUGUUGUUUAUCACAAUGUGUAAGAUAUAGAUUUGGAAUUAGUAAUAACUGCUCAAAGAGAACAGAAGCGAAGAGUAAAAUCUGGAAGAAGAUGAAGCUCAAGACAAUGAAAAUCCAGAGAAAAAGAAUCUCAAAAGUAUAAAAUAUAAAAGUAGAGCAGCUCUCUCUUUUUCUUACGAGGCAACACUUUCAUAUAGUAGCCUCUAUUCAGUCUUAUAUUUUAUUAAUCGUUAGAGGCCAUUUUACACAUAAAAUUUCUAAAAUGACAUGUAACAUUAGCGUUUUCUUCUUCAGUUCUGAUAAUUUUUGUGAGUUUUCAGUAUACUGUAGUUUACUCUGCAGACAACAGAAGUACGGGACUUCAGUCUACAAUUCUACCUGGAGAUAGAUCUCAUAGUCUUUAGAAUAUCCUGAAAAUUUCAGAAAAAAACAGAUGCUUUCUAUUUAAGUAAUUGUAUAUCCAAAAAAGACCGAAUAUUAAAGGAUCUUGUCCGAAAAACCAGCAGUUUUGCAACUGUGUUAUCUUGAGACAAAAGUAUCCGUUUUUGUCGAAAUCUUCAGAAUAUUAUAAAGACUAUGAGAUCUAUGUUCAGGUAACAUUUUAGACUAAAACUCUUCAAUUUAACUUUGCUUGCAAUAUAGUGUAAUAAGGUGAAAAUUUAGUAAAACAGUCAUAACUCAAGAGAAAAGUUCUAAUGACAUAUAUGUGUAUAUUGCUAGAAGUUUUAUGCGCACAAUGGACCCUAACAUUCAGCAAAAUAUGUAUACGGAUAGAGGUCAUUAAUUGGAAGAGUUUCAUCGUUUGUAAUAACGGUUUCUUAAGCAAAAAGAAAUGUUAAGAAGUUUUAUAUUUAUUAUGAUGGAUAAUUAUUUUGAGUAUCUAGAGUUAACCAAAAGCUAUCAAAUAUAUCUAGAACAUGACAAAGAAGUGAAAGUCGCUUGAUGAAGAUAUUCACAAUGGAUAUAAUUAAUAUUCUUUAGCUCUUUUUAUCAUUAUCAGGCUCCAGUGGUACACCUCAAUAUCUCAAUCGUCUGCUGGCUAAACGUGCUAAUGAACUUCGACGUGUUGAAAUAAUUGGCGGUCUUCCUUUUGAUAACACAUACACAGAUCCAAAACUAAAAGAUAGCUUCUUUGUCAAUAGUCUUUUUGCAUCAGCUUUUAUUCGACCAGGUAUUGCAAAUGGUACAGCAUCAUAUAUUCCAAUAUUUCUCAGUGAAACACCACGUCUGUUUGAUGAAAAUAUUCUUCCACUUGAUGCUGCUCUUAUACAAGUAUCACCACCUGAUAAACAUGGUUAUUGUUCACUUGGUACUUCGGUUGAAAUAACAAGAGCUGCUGUACGAAAUGCAAAAAAAAUUUUUGCACAAAUAAAUCGAAAUAUGCCACGUGUACAUGGUGACACAUUUGUACAUAUGAAUAAAAUUGAUGCGUAUGUUGAAUAUGAUGAACCACUGAUUGAAUUAGAUUAUUCAAAAGAAAUUUCUGAUAUCGACAGAAUAAUUGGAAAACGAGUAGCUGAAUUAGUUGAUGAUGGAAGUACGCUUCAACUGGGUAUUGGUACAAUUCCAGAUUGUGUAUUAAAAUCUCUUGAAGAUCAUAAAGAUUUAAGUAUAGCAUCAGAAAUGAUAUCUGAUGGUGUCGUGUCAUUGAUGGAAAAAGGUGUUGUUACAAAUCGUUAUAAAACUUUUCAUCCUGGUGCAACAACAUGUACAUUUAUAUUGGGUACAAGAAAAGUUUAUGAUUUUGUUAAUGAUAAUCCAAAUGUACUUGUUCUUGAUAUUGGAAUAACAAAUGAUCCAGCACAAAUUCGUCGAAAUCCAAAAAUGUGUGCUAUUAAUGCUGCUAUUGAAGUUGAUCUUACUGGGCAAGUUUGUGCAGACUCAAUAGGUACAAUGCAUUAUUCAGGUGUUGGAGGACAAAUUGAUUUUAUGCGUGGUGCUGCAUUAAGUGAAAAAGGAAAAGCAAUCCUUGUUAUACCAUCACAAACAUCAAAAGGAAUUUCACGUAUUGUUAGUACAUUAAAAGAAGGUGCUGGAGUAACUACAAGUCGAGCUCAUGUUCGUUAUGUAGUAACUGAAUAUGGAGUAGCGAACUUAUUUGGUAAAAACUAUCAACAACGAGCUAAAUUAUUAAUUGAUAUAGCUCAUCCUGAUCAUCGUGAAGCAUUAGAACGUGCUGCUUAUAAACGCUUUAAAAGCCUUUAUUAA